AUGCAAAAAAAACAACUUGGCAAGGCUUCAAGAGCCACAUUACCACAGCAUGCAUCUGCUUUGCAUUGGUCCCCAUCGACCAUCCCUCAGACUAUCAAGGCUGAAACUGCUAGUCCAGUGAAAGCAUAUACAAAGCCUGACACUGCAUGGAGUUCUCUACUACAAAUACAGCGAUUCAAAUGUGAUGUAGUUCAUGAGGAUAUGCAUUCCUUAAACAUUUCUCUUGAUGUCAUUUUGCAGGGUAAACCACCUACUAGAAAGGCAAAAGUAUUGCACAAAGCUGCAUGGUCUGCAAAAAUUGGAGCCUUUCUGCACUUUCAGGGAACUGGUCAGCUGGCAGAUGGAACUCCUACUGGACAGGAUGCUGUGGCUGUUGGGUUUGACUGGGGGAAGCUUAUCAAACAGCACAACUGCAAAGCUGCUCUGGUUUCUUGCUUCAAACAUGUUCCACUGGUUGAACAAUGGGAUGAUGUUUUACCUGCAAUUAAAGUUGAAAUUCUAAACACAGAUGCUAUUUUACCCAGCCGGGUCUUCUGGAUAGCAACUGUUGUCAAGCUGGCAGGAUAUCUUGCCUUACUAAGGUAUGAAGGUUUUGAGAAUGAUGGUAGCCAUGACUUCUGGUGCAACCUAGGGACAGUGGCUGUUCAUCCUGUCGGAUGGUGUGCUGUCAACAGUAAGAUUUUAGUACCCCCACAAAGUAUCCAUGCAAAAUACAGUGACUGGAGGGGUUAUCUGAUGAAGAAGUUGGUUGGAGCAAAAACCUUACCUGUUGACUUUCACAUCAAAAUGGUAGAAAGCAUGAAGUAUCCCUUCCGUCAGGGAAUGCGAUUGGAGGUGGUAGACAAGUCGCAUAUUUCCAGGAUGCGUCUUGCAGUUGUGGAUACAGUUAUUGGUGGGCGGGUGAGGCUUCUCUAUGAAGAUGGAGAGAAUGAUGAGGACUUCUGGUGUCACAUGUGGAGCCCCCUCAUCCAUGCUGUUGGCUGGGCCAAAAGAGUGGGACACCCUAUUAAAAAAUCUGAUGACCGAAGAAGUGAUUUGGGUAUCCAUCCUACCUUUCGGAAAAUCUACUGUGAUGCUGUUCCUUACCUAUUCAAAAAAGUUCGAGCAGUGUACUCCAAGGGAGGUUGGUUUGCUAAGGGAAUGAAGCUAGAAGCAAUUGAUCCUCUAAACCUUGGUAACAUCUGUGUGGCCACAGUGCAAAAGGUUCUACUGGAUGGCUACCUAAUGAUUUCCGUUGAGAGUGUUGAGAGCAGUGAUGGUUCUGAGUGCUUUUGUUACCAUGCAUCUUCCCCCUAUAUCUUCCCAGCUGAAUUUUGCCAGACUCACCACAUUGAAUUAAUGCCUCCUAAGGGUAAGACACUAGAGAAUAUUUAUCUACUAAAGGGGGGGCAUGAGACUACCUUAGAGGCUUCAUUGUCUCGAGAGGAGUUUAAUGGACUUCGGGCUGAAGUAUCAGCCGUGCAGGGCGAAAUACGUAAACUGUUUGAACUCUUAAACAGUAUUGCUUCUAACAAGGUACUUCCAAACAGUAUUGGUUUUAAUAAGGCACUUCAGGCUUCUAAUGAUGGAUUGCAAACUAAGCCUGAUUUGCAUUCACCCCAAAGUGACGGUUGUCCAUCAAAAGAAAGCACGCUGGCGUUCAGAAGGGAAGGGGAAGUCCCUGAAGAAAACCGGAAGGUGUCUGGCGUUGAUGCAUUGGGGCAUGAGGCAACGAGUUUCAGGAGGAGGUUACCCACACCUGAACGUGGUUUCCCCGUAGCUUUACUAUCUUCGGAGGAUGCAGUUCAUAACAACAAAGCCACAAUUGAUUUACCGGAUACUAGUGACGGUUUUGCUAUAUCACCUAAAGAACAGCGACGGUUUGUUUUUCACGAUGAUGCACUCACACCAGCCCAGGACUUUACUUUUGAUUUUAGUAUAUCGAGGGCAAGACGUGAGGCCGAACGGAAUGGGGCUAGACCAAAGACGGUAUACACGAAUAAACCUAACGGGAGCAUUCAGCAGAAACAUCAUGUUGACAAAAAAGGUACUGUUGCCUAUAUUAUAUCUAGCCCUAAACCUAAACAAACAAAAAGGAUUUUUGACCAACCUGAACAUAAUAAAAUAAUGAAUAGUGAAUUGUUUACCACAAAGACAAAUGAAAGAGAGCUAUUUGAAAAUGUGCUAAAUGGACAUGGUGAUAUGUAUGACUUUGGUAAAAAGAAUUACAAUAAGAAAUUUAAUGAGAAAAAUCACAUAUAUAGCUCUCUGAAAGAAAUGAUUUAUGACUUUGUGAUGAAUGAAUUUAAUAGUAUGUUUGAUGGUUUUGGAAUUGCUUUCAUGGAACUGUUAUUAAAAUAUCAACAAGAGAAACGUGACCUUUUAGGAGAUGAGUUAGAAAUCAUGUAUGAGACUAUAUGUUUCAAAGUCUAUAACUACACAGAUGUGGAGGUAAAUGACGACUUCAUUCGGGUCAUGCACAAAGGAAUGAAAUUUAUUCCCACUGUUAGCAAUAAUUUAGUUGAUAAUAUCAAGCAGGUGAAACUUUUUUGUCGCAAACUCAAUUUGGCUGUGAUUUUUGAUGGCUCAACGGACCAGGCAGUUGGUACGGAAAAUAUACAGUUGCGCAAAAAGAGUUCCUAUGUUCCUGUAUCUCAUCCCAGUAUAUCAAAUUUUGAGAAAUUGAUAACUUAUCGAAAACUUAGCAAGAAGGAGGUGGAUUUGAAGAUAUCCCUUGUUCGUAGUGAGUUAUAUGAAAUGCUCAUGGAAAGACGUCUUACCAAAGAACUGUAUGAUUUUCUGGACUCUCUACAUCCAACAAUACCAACAAUACCUACUGUUAGUGGACUUCCAAUUCACAAGCAUCCCACUGACCCUCCUCUACGUCCCAUUGUAGCUGGUAGGGCUUGGAUUAUGGAUUCAUUGUCUGUUUAUGUUGAGAAUGAAUUAAAGAAAGUUCUACAUAUGGCUCCAAUGGUGCUGAAAGAUACAGAUCUACUACUUUUGAUAUCUUUUAAACCCCUACAGGAUUGUCCAAACCAUGGCUUCAAACCGGGCAUGAAGUUGGAAGCUGUAGAUCUAAUGGAACCCCGGCUGAUCUGUGUUGCCACAGUAAAGAGAGUAGUUAACAGGCUCCUGCGGAUUCACUUUGAUGGCUGGGAUGAGGAUUAUGACCAGUGGGUAGAUUGUGAGUCGCCCGAUAUCUAUCCAGUGGGCUGGUGUGAACUCAUAGGAUAUCAGCUUCAACCACCAGUGGAACCAGAAGAACCAAGGGUUGAAAAGCCAAAGGAGCCUGUAAAGAAAAAGCAUCAAUAUGGAAAGAGAAGAAGACGAAGUGCAGCUACAAAAGCCAAACAGAAGGAAACCUUGGCUAAACGGAAAGCUGCUGCGGCUGUUGCUUCUACUACUGCUGCUGUGUCAGGUCCAAAAUGUCCAGCAGAGGUAGCUGGACCAGAGGAGAACAUGGAGACAUAUGAAACAGGGAACAAAGAAGUUACUGCAGCAGAUAGGAGUGUGGAGGUAUCUGAACUAGAGGAAAAUAUGGAGACCAGUGAGUCACUGGAGAAUACAGAAAUGGGCGAACCUACUGAAAGUAAGAUGACUGAUGAACUAGCAGAGACAAAGCUAAUGGUCAGGACCUGUGAGCCUAGUAAGAUGCUUGAACCAGGGGAAAUAAUUGAAGUCAAAGUGAAAGAGGAAAUGUUUGAUUCAUCUGAAGAGGCUGAUUUCACAAACCUAAUUCCACUGGAAAAUAUCAAACGGGAAGACGACGACUGAAAGGAAGCGAUGAAGAAGACAGCAGCUAAAUCAGCAUAGUACUAUCAUGAACAAUAUCAGUGUUUCAUGCUGGAAGCCCUUACAUUCCAUUCUUGCAUGUUUGGCAACAUUGUGCAAUGUUGUACCUCAGUGAACUCUGUAUUAAGGAAAGCUGACAGCUUGGCUUCCAGUGUACAAACGUUAUAAGUACUGUCAUGCAGUAUUAGUGGUAAUUACUUUCCCUUAUUCUUGGUACAUGUUUUUGUUGUGAAUCAUGUGGCAUAGGCAUUGGACAGGCUCCAGAUUUUCAUAAGUGUUGCUUUUACUUUUAGUAUCCCUUUGAAAUGGAUAACAGCAGGGGUGUAUUUUUCUGACAACCUUCUCAUGGUACAUCAUCUUAGAUCUCUAGCUCACAGUGCUUGUGGUGUGCAUCCCUUUCUGGUGUUUAGUAGUCUUGCAAUGGUAUCACUACAUUAGGUUGGAGAUUGCACCAACCUUAUAUUUAUGUUCCCAUGGUCAUUCUUGGUUUGGAAAUAUCCUGCAUCCCAUGUCUUAGGUGUUAAAAAUGACAAGAUAUUCCUAUUGUAGCCAUAUCACCACACAUAAUCCAAAUAGAAGCUAUCUGUACUGCCCUAGAAAGAAGCAGGAAAUCCAUUUUUGAUAAAGGCAUCAGUCACACCAGUCCAUUUUCUUAUGUCAGGUUUCAGAAAAAGCUUGCAUCUUUAUUUGAAGCUUGCCCUGUGGCUAUAAUGGUAGGCAGACAGUGCUGGCACUGGCAGAUGUUUUUUGUGUUUAUAUACAGUUUGUGUUAGGAGCCAAAGAAAGUAAGAGAGCAUGAGCAGUCUGCUACAAAGUCUACAAUUUUGGUGGUGACUGAAUACUCAGUGAUGUUGAGUUUCCUCUUUAGCAUGUGCCUGAGCACUCACUUGUCUGCUGAUACUCACAAGGAAAGGGAGAAAGAGGGUACAGAGGAGUUACUACCUUGAGAGAGAGGAGGUGCCUUUGUCUCUUGUGUAAAACAGAAUCACAAGUCCUUAAGGCAUCUCUCAUGGUUUGAUUUUCAGGUCCAGGGAGACUUAAUCCUUUAUUACCCUCAAGUGUCAAAGACUUGCAUUUGUGGGUUGGCCCAGCUUUUUCACAGUAUAGGCCACAGUAACAGGGAAGGCAGUCUGAACUUCUCCUUGGCCUCAUUGUACUAUUUUACCUUUCCGUCUAGUUGUUUUCUCCCCAGAUACCUUAGUUCCUUUGCCAGUUUUCUACUUUACAUUGUAUUCCCCUUUUGUCUAUUUUCUCUAUCCCUACUUACCUUCAUCCUUUAUGGUAACAAUCUUUCACCAUUCCUGUGCUGAUCUAAUUCUUAGAAUACUUUUGCAACUUUGUGAAUAUAAUAUGUACGGUUGUUGUUUUCCUUAAGAUCCACAUCCAUCAUCAUAGACUCGGCUUAUUUCUUGAGAUUCCCUGUUCAUCGUCAUCCCUUUCCACUUUGAUUUAUAACCUUCUGCUAGCAUUAUUUAUGUGAGCCCUACGAGCAUAGCUAUGAAGUAUCCACUUAGAUCAGGCAAUUCUAAACCACGUUUUCUUUGAGGAUGAUCGACUUAUCCCACUUAACUCUUGUCCUCUUUCCGUCCCAAACAGAUUCCUUCAACUUUUUAUUAAUUGUCCAAAUCAUCUCUGGUUGAUAAAAAUGUUUGGAGUGUGUAUAAAAUAAAGGGACUAAUAACAUUUUCAAUGCUUUGUAUCUUACUGUCCAUAUCCAUAAUCAAGAGUUUCCAGUUUCUCAGUUUUCAUAUUUUUGUUUAUUUUCUUCCCACUUAUCCUUAGCUGCCACAAUAGAAUCCUUUGUAAUGCAUGCACCUAAGUGCUUCAUCUUGUAUCCCUAUAAGCUUGGGUAUUGCUUAACCAGUUCAUGUGUGGGUUCAUAGUUGACCUCUGUGGCCUUUGUUACCAUCAUUAAUGUUAUAUCCCCAAUUGACUUCAAACUGUCUUAAGAUAUUCCACAACACCAAAAUGCUUUUUUUCUGGAUUUAUCAAGUACAAAAUAAUAUCUUCUGCAAAUAAAGCUGACUUUUCCAGAUUACCAUGCCAUUUGUAUCCUUAAAUUUGUGAGGCAUUUAUUUCCAUUGCUGGUGACUGUAAAUAUAAAGCAAAUAACAAAGGGGAAAGAGGACACCCUUGCUUGGUUCCUCUGUUCAAACACGGCUUGUGGGAGAGGAACCCUCCCACCUUACUUCUUACCUCCAACCCUUCCUAUAUGCUGCUAAUUAACCCUGUUAUUCUAUCAGGGAAAGCAUAUGCUUCCACUGCCCUACUUAUAAAAUCCCAUCUGACUGUAUCUUGUGCAUUCUUUGUCAAGACCCAUAAACAACAGGGAUAUUUUUUGGCAUUCUGCAUUGUAGUGAAUCUGUUCUGUCAGUGCUGACAAAUGUUUGCUGUUACCCCCACAAAACCACAUUGAGCCGUAUAUAUCAAUUUUGUUAACACUUUUGCCAUGCUCUUAGCUAGUAUAGACAUAAACAUGUUAUAGUCAGUUUAAAAUUGAAACGGGUCUCAAUGAAACAGUGUCUGAAGGAUCUUUACCCCCUUUGGGUAGUGCAGCUACCACACUUUUUUUUCCCAAAUGCUGUUAAACAAAACCUUCCAGAUCUGUAUCACUUUUCCCUACUAAUUUCCAGACUUCCACAGGAAUACUGUCUGUUCCUGAAAAUUUCUCUGUUGAUAGAUUAUAUGUUUUUGAAAGAGCUGCUCUAUCUUGGGUCCCUUGAUGAAAAAUUCUUCUCCUCCUUUAGACCAAAACUUCUUGUUAGGCUUCUUUAUCCAUCUUUUGAGACUACUGUGUAGUUGGACAUGAAGUUCAUAUUUUGAAAGAUGUUUAUUUUUUUAUAGCAUUACUUUUGCCAGGUAGUUUUGAAGCAGCAGCCCCUUACAGAACCAUAAUUUGCUGUUUCAUAAAAACUGAGUCUUCCCUAAAAAGUCUUCACCCUAAGAAAUUUUGGAGUUGUCAGUUCAUUCACCUUCCCAGAAUCAGAAUCUAUGGGCAAGUUUACUUACCCAUACCCUUGAUGUGUGUUAUUAGCACAACUUUUAUCUAAAGUGCAUGUAUAUAUUCAGGAAGACAGACCACUUCAGUUAGAGAGGAGUUGGCAUUUGUCAAGCAGGUAUUUUCUAAGUGAAUUGCCAGCUGUAUGGUUUUCUAUUGUUGUACUGUCAACCACCCAUUGACCAGUGCAAAAGCCAUUCAGUUAGACAGUUGCUGUUUUUAAUGUUUGCAUCAAGAACAUUUGCAAAACAGACAUACCCUGCAAUCCAUUCAGUCAUUAGUCUUUUGUUAAGAGCUAGUCACAUGUAUCUCCAUUCCAAGAGUCUAGUCUCCUUUGUCACCUCAGUACUUCUGAAUUCAGCAUUUUGUACUGUUGUUUCUUUCAGCCUCUCUGAUUCCUACCUAUCUUGUAAGUUUUUUCCUUGUAUUGUGUGCAUACAUGUGCCUAUACUGCUGAACAAAUUUCACAGCUCAUACACAUUAUAAUGGACUCUUCAAAGGAAGAUAAAACAGAUAUGUGAGAGCUCACCAUAUCUUUUGUAUUUUAAGAUGAUAAUUUGCAGUAGAUGUUUGUUUACCCUCCCACCAUUGCUCUGUUUUGAUAUCCAGGACAGUUCAUCUAAGAUGGAUGGAAUGGCUAAGAUGUCAGUAUGUUUACAUUCUUGUUUAGUUUAUUAUUUUUUCCUGCAGAUUGCCUGUGUUUUAUGUGAUUUAUGAGUGUCGCUGGGGAUAUGUCCUACCCCGUUGUGAUGACUGUAGAGGCUUAUUAUGUGCCUGAGUAUUGGAGUUGGUGUUCAGAGAGCAUUUGCCAUGAGAAGUCUUUUAGGGCAGAAAUCCCAGCUGUUCUCUACUGCAGGGUAGUCUUAAGAACCGUGCUGUGGCUGUUACCUGCAUAUCUUCAGACACAACUUCAGAGGAGUUAGAGAACAAAUACUGCUGUGCUACUCAUUAUGACUUGGAACAGUAUCUGAAAUGUAAGCUUGUGGUAUUCCUGUAAGCAGUUUUUGGAGCCACUGGAAGGUUUUUUCAAAUGAUAAUUCCUGACUACUGACAAAUGAGAAUUGUUUCAUGUAAGUUUUUCUUUUUUUUUUUUUUUUUGUUAUAUAGGCCACCCAUCAAAAAUUAUUGCUAUGUGAAAGAUCUUUCGAUGUAUGGCAUUUUUUUAGUUUCUGUUUUGCAAGAAGUGGUCUUCUAAUGGUGAUUUCUAGAAAUGGAAUCUGUUUUGAUUAUGGCUCUUUUUGAGAGCUGAAUUUCCUACAGAAUGAAUGGCUGAUUUUGUACUUCAUUAUUUUUGUACUGGAUGAUAUAAUUUUCUUCUGUCAAUAAUCACUAUAGCAUAAUUUCAGAGUAGGCUUGAGUACAGCAAAUGACAGGAUUUAGAAUAACUGGUGGAUGUUACUCCAAACAGGGCCUUUUUAAUCACGUUAUGCCAUUGUAGGCCAUGUUGGAGCUUUGUCUUUUGACUUUUCCCUGUGUUUAGUUUGCAUGGAAAAGCACAGAAUCAAGAAUUAACCUACAUUUUAUACUGUAACUAGCUUGCUGUGCAACUAGCCUAGAAUGCAAAUGUUUUGAUUGUCUCCCAUUGUUUGCACUUUAUGACUGACUAGACUUGCAGCUCUGUCACAUUCUUUCUUCAGUCUGAUUUGUUAUAAAGAUAUAUAUAUAUAUAUAAUUGGGGCAGCAAUGAGAUGCUUGUUUAGCUGUUAAAAUUAUUCUAAAGAUACUUGAACAAGCUUAAUAACUUUGCAAUGAAAAUGGAAAUAGUAAAAAGCAAAUUAUUCUCCCCUUCUAUGUUAUUAUGUGCAAUCAUGCAAGUAGUUGCUUACAUUAAAAGACAUUUGAAAGAAAGGGUAAGGAAAAUAGACUUGAUGCAUUUAGAUAAGUAUGUUGCAGCAGUUUGAUUAUCAUUUCAGACUGCAAACGGUCUCUUGCAGAAUUGCAUGAUGAUGCUACGUUUCAUAAAAGUGACUCUGUAUUCAUUUCACAUUAUCCCAGUUUUCCAUUUACACCAUAUUCAUCCGUCUGUGUUAAUGUGUAUACAUAUAUCCUGAAAUGAUAAAAGCAGAGUAAAUAACUAAAAAUUC